GACCUCGACGCCCCUCUCCGGCACCGCGGUUGGCCCCGCUCGCCCGCUCCUUCCUGAUUCUGCCGCUGCCCUCCACCCCUCUUCUUCCCCACCUCCAACUCCAGUCCUUUCUCUCUUCUCUUCCUUCUCCUCCCUCCCUCCAGCUGGUGGGAGCCGCGGGUCGGACAAGCCGCCGCCUCCUUCUCUGCGUCCAUGUAUGAAGGGAAGAAGACGAAGAACAUGUUUCUGACCCGGGCCCUGGAGAAGAUUUUGGCCGACAAGGAAGUGAAGAAGGCGCAUCACUCCCAGCUGCGCAAAGCUUGCGAGGUGGCGUUAGAGGAAAUAAAAGCUGAAACUGAAAAACAGAGUCCUCCUCAUGGAGAAGCAAAAGCUGGAUCAAGCACUUUGCCUCCAGUGAAAUCAAAGACAAAUUUUAUUGAAGCAGACAAGUACUUCUUACCCUUUGAGUUGGCAUGCCAGUCCAAAUGUCCCCGAAUAGUUAGUACAUCUCUAGAUUGUUUACAGAAACUUAUUGCUUAUGGGCACUUGACUGGCAAUGCGCCAGAUAGUACAACACCAGGCAAAAAAUUGAUUGAUAGAAUUAUUGAAACAAUAUGUGGCUGCUUCCAAGGUCCUCAAACAGAUGAAGGAGUUCAGUUGCAGAUAAUAAAGGCUUUACUUACUGCAGUAACAUCACAACACAUAGAAAUUCAUGAAGGAACUGUACUGCAAGCUGUGAGAACAUGUUACAAUAUCUAUCUAGCAAGCAAAAAUCUCAUCAACCAGACAACAGCCAAAGCUACUCUUACUCAGAUGCUAAAUGUUAUCUUUGCACGCAUGGAAAACCAAGCAUUGCAGGAAGCCAAACAAAUGGAGAAAGAAAGGCAUCGGCGGCAGCAUCAUCUGUUACAGUCUCCAAUAAGCCAUCAUGAGCCUGAAUCACCUCAACUUAGAUACUUGCCACCUCAGACUGUUGAUCUUAUAUCCCAAGAACAGGGGGACCUUGACCCCCAUACAAAUGAUUUGGAUAAAAGUCUCCAGGAUGACACAGAGCCCGAAAAUGGAUCUGAUGUUUCCAGUGCUGAAAAUGAACAGACUGAAGCUGAUCAGGCAACUGCAGCUGAAACAUUAUCUAAAAAUGGUAUUUUGUAUGAUGGAGAAAACCAUGACUGUGAGGAAAAGCCACAAGACAUUGUACAGAGCAUUGUAGAAGAAAUGGUGAACAUCGUUGUUGGAGAUAUGGGAGAGGGGACUACUAUAAAUGCAAGUACAGAUGGAAACAUUGGAACUAUGGAGGAUGGUAGUGACAGUGAAAACAUUCAAGCAAAUGGAAUUCCAGGAACACCAAUUUCUGUUGCAUAUACACCGUCCUUACCUGAUGACAGGUUAUCUGUUUCUUCCAGUGAUACUCAGGAAUCUGGAAAUUCUUCAGGACCUUCACCUGGUGCUAAGUUUUCCCACAUUUUACAAAAGGAUGCCUUUCUAGUAUUCAGGUCAUUGUGUAAACUAUCAAUGAAACCACUGUCAGAUGGACCACCAGAUCCAAAGUCUCAUGAAUUACGAUCCAAGAUUCUUUCAUUGCAGUUACUUCUAUCCAUUCUACAGAAUGCAGGACCUGUUUUCAGAACAAAUGAGAUGUUUAUUAAUGCUAUUAAGCAGUAUCUCUGUGUUGCACUCUCAAAAAAUGGAGUAUCAUCUGUUCCAGAGGUUUUUGAGCUUUCUCUUUCCAUAUUUCUUACUUUGUUGUCAAAUUUCAAGACACAUCUGAAGAUGCAAAUUGAGGUGUUCUUUAAAGAAAUUUUCCUAUAUAUUUUGGAAACUUCUACUAGCUCAUUUGAUCACAAAUGGAUGGUUAUUCAGACACUAACAAGGAUUUGUGCAGAUGCUCAGAGUGUAGUGGAUAUUUAUGUAAACUAUGACUGUGAUUUAAAUGCUGCAAAUAUAUUUGAAAGACUAGUAAAUGAUCUAUCAAAAAUUGCUCAAGGAAGGGGCAGUCAAGAACUUGGUAUGAGUAAUGUUCAGGAAUUGAGCCUGAGGAAGAAAGGUUUAGAAUGCUUAGUGUCGAUUUUGAAAUGUAUGGUUGAGUGGAGUAAGGAUCAAUAUGUGAAUCCCAACUCUCAGACAACUCUUGGUCAGGAGAAACCCUCAGACCAAGAGAUGAGUGAAAUCAAACACCCUGAGACAAUAAACAGAUAUGGAAGUUUAAACUCCCUGGAGUCAACAUCAUCAUCAGGAAUAGGCAGCUACAGUACACAGAUGUCUGGCACUGAUAAUCCAGAACAAUUUGAGGUCCUAAAGCAACAAAAAGAAAUAAUAGAACAAGGGAUAGAUUUAUUUAAUAAGAAACCAAAGAGAGGAAUACAGUACCUCCAAGAACAAGGGAUGCUUGGCACCACACCUGAAGAUAUUGCCCAAUUCUUACAUCAAGAAGAAAGAUUAGACUCUACUCAAGUGGGUGAAUUCCUGGGUGAUAAUGAUAAAUUUAACAAAGAAGUCAUGUAUGCAUAUGUGGACCAACAUGACUUUUCAGGAAAAGACUUCGUUUCAGCCCUUCGUAUGUUUUUGGAAGGAUUUCGUCUUCCAGGAGAAGCUCAAAAAAUAGAUCGAUUAAUGGAAAAAUUUGCUGCAAGAUACCUAGAAUGCAAUCAAGGACAAACUCUUUUUGCCAGUGCAGAUACUGCUUAUGUUUUGGCUUACUCAAUUAUAAUGUUGACCACCGACCUUCACAGUCCACAGGUUAAAAACAAAAUGACAAAGGAACAGUACAUUAAAAUGAAUAGAGGUAUCAAUGACAGUAAAGACCUCCCUGAAGAGUAUCUGUCAGCUAUCUAUAAUGAAAUAGCUGGUAAAAAGAUAUCCAUGAAAGAAACAAAAGAACUAACAAUCCCCACAAAAUCAAGUAAGCAAAAUGUAGCUAGUGAAAAACAAAGACGACUUCUGUAUAAUUUAGAGAUGGAACAGAUGGCCAAGACAGCCAAAGCACUCAUGGAGGCCGUGAGCCAUGUUCAGGCACCUUUUACAAGUGCAACACAUUUGGAGCAUGUGAGACCUAUGUUUAAGUUGGCUUGGACACCUUUUCUGGCUGCAUUCAGUGUAGGACUACAAGACUGUGAUGAUACUGAAGUAGCCUCUCUUUGCCUGGAAGGGAUAAGAUGUGCAAUCAGAAUUGCAUGUAUUUUCAGCAUUCAGCUGGAAAGAGAUGCAUAUGUCCAGGCACUAGCAAGAUUUACUUUACUUACAGUGAGUUCUGGUAUUACCGAAAUGAAGCAAAAGAAUAUUGACACAAUAAAAACACUUAUCACGGUGGCUCAUACAGAUGGAAAUUAUUUAGGGAAUUCAUGGCAUGAGAUUCUAAAGUGCAUCAGUCAGUUGGAGCUGGCACAACUUAUAGGAACUGGAGUGAAACCUCGAUACAUUUCGGGAACAGUGAGAGGGAGAGAAGGAUCUCUUACUGGGACAAAAGAUCAGGCUCCUGAUGAAUUUGUGGGCCUGGGGCUAGUUGGAGGAAAUGUGGAUUGGAAGCAGAUUGCAAGUAUUCAGGAAUCCAUCGGAGAAACCAGUUCUCAAAGUGUUGUUGUUGCUGUGGAUAGAAUAUUUACAGGAUCUACAAGGCUAGAUGGAAAUGCUAUUGUGGAUUUUGUCCGUUGGCUCUGUGCUGUGUCUAUGGAUGAAUUGCUUUCUACUACACACCCAAGAAUGUUUAGUCUGCAAAAGAUAGUAGAAAUAUCGUACUACAACAUGGGAAGAAUAAGAUUGCAGUGGUCUCGGAUUUGGGAAGUUAUUGGAGAUCAUUUUAAUAAGGUUGGCUGUAAUCCUAAUGAAGAUGUAGCUAUUUUUGCAGUAGACUCCUUGAGGCAGUUGUCAAUGAAGUUUUUAGAGAAAGGGGAGCUUGCAAAUUUCAGAUUCCAGAAGGAUUUCUUAAGACCUUUUGAACAUAUAAUGAAACGGAACAGGUCUCCAACAAUUCGAGAUAUGGUUGUACGGUGUAUAGCACAGAUGGUUAAUUCUCAAGCUGCUAACAUUCGGUCUGGAUGGAAGAACAUUUUCUCUGUAUUUCAUCUAGCAGCAUCUGAUCAAGAUGAAAGCAUUGUGGAACUUGCAUUUCAAACAACAGGGCACAUUGUCACCCUUGUAUUUGAAAAACACUUUCCAGCGACCAUUGAUUCUUUCCAGGAUGCAGUGAAGUGUUUGUCUGAAUUUGCGUGCAAUGCAGCUUUUCCUGACACAAGUAUGGAAGCAAUUCGACUUAUUCGCCAUUGUGCAAAAUAUGUGUCUGAUAGACCUCAGGCUUUCAAGGAAUACACAAGUGAUGAUAUGAAUGUGGCACCUGAAGAUAGGGUGUGGGUGAGAGGAUGGUUCCCAAUUCUCUUUGAGUUGUCCUGUAUCAUCAAUAGAUGCAAAUUAGAUGUAAGAACCAGGGGUUUAACAGUAAUGUUUGAAAUAAUGAAAACAUAUGGCCACACAUACGAAAAACACUGGUGGCAAGAUUUAUUUAGAAUUGUUUUCAGAAUCUUUGACAAUAUGAAAUUGCCAGAACAGCAAACAGAGAAAGCUGAAUGGAUGACAACAACUUGUAAUCAUGCACUUUAUGCGAUCUGUGAUGUAUUUACCCAAUAUUUAGAAGUACUCAGUGAUGUGCUUUUGGAUGAUAUUUUUGCCCAGCUCUACUGGUGUGUGCAGCAAGACAAUGAGCAGUUAGCACGAUCUGGUACAAAUUGCUUAGAGAAUGUUGUUAUUCUGAAUGGUGAAAAAUUUACCCUAGAAAUCUGGGAUAAAACUUGUAACUGCACACUGGAUAUCUUCAAAACCACAAUCCCACAUGCGCUCCUGACCUGGCGUCCUACUUCAGAAGAAAUAAUUCCCCUACCCCCAUCUCCUGUGAGUGAAAAACAGUUGGAUACGAUAUCACAGAAAUCUGUAGAUAUACAUGAUUCUUUUCAACCCAGAUCUGCAGAUAAUAGACAGCAAGUACCAUUGGUUUCCCUCUCUACUGUGAAUGAAGAAGUCAGCAAACUUAAAUCUACUGCAAGUGCUGGGAUUACAGGCAUGCACACCUCACCUGGCUCCAGAGCAUUUUAUCACCCCACAAAGGAAACCCCAUAACCGUUUGUAUAACCAGCCACUCCUUCUUCUUCCUUUCCCCGGCCCCUGGCACCCACCAUUUUGCUUUCUGUGUUUAUGAAUAAGCUAUUCUAUAUAUUUUAUAUAAAUAUAACCAUACAUACAGCCUUUUGUAUCUGGCCUCUUUUGGCAUAAUGUUUUUAAGAUUCACUUUAUAGCAGUAUAGAUCAGUAAUUCAUUCUUUUUGUUACUAAUAAUUCAUUGUAUGUGUGCCAUAUUUUAUUUGUGCACUUUUCUGCUGAUAGGCAUUCAAUUUGUGCCACCUUUGUCAUGAGUAGUGCUGCCAUGAACAUAACAUAUGCAAGUAUUAUUGUUUGAGUACCCAUUUUCAGUUAUUUUGCAAAUGUAAGUAGGAGUGUAAUUACUGGGUAAUUAUAUGGUAAUUCUGUUUAGCUUUGUGAGAAAUGAUCAAAUUGUUUUCUUCAGUGGUCGUACUAUUCUACAUUUCUACUAACAGUUAUUUUUUCCACAUCUUUGCCAACACCCUUUUUAUUUUUGAAUGAUAGCCUUCCUAGUGGAUAUUAAGUGGUACCUUGUUUUGGUUUUGAUUUGCAUUUCUAUAGUAAUUAGUCAUGUUCAGCAUAAUUUGAUGUGUUCAUUGGCCAUUUGUAUCUCUUUGGAGAAAUUUCCUUUGCCCUUUGUUAACUGAGUUUGUCUUUUUAUUGAAUUGUCACAUAUUCUAUAUACUAAACCCUUAUUAGAUAUAUUAUUUGCAGAUAUUUGUUUUCUCCCCUUUCUAGGUCAUCUUUUCAAUUUCUUGACAAUAUCCACUGGUGCACACAAGUUUUUAAUUUUGAUGAGCUCUAACUUAUCUUUUAUUGGUCAUGCUUUUGGUGCCAACUAAGACUUCAUUAGUAGAUUCAAGAUCAUGAAGAUUUCCCCCAAUGUUUUCUCCUGAGAGUUUUAUGCUUAAUAGGAGUUUUAACUCUUAUAUUUAGGUCAUUGAUCCAUUUUGAUUUAAUUUUUUUUUUCAGGGGAGUUUUUAUUAAUCCUGAAUGCUUACAGUUGUGGUUGAGAGACAACAGUCUUUGGUAUCCCACUUGGAAACUGCCUCUAGCUUCAGUUGCUAUAUCUUGCUAGCUCCUUAAAGGGGAGAUAGGUGUGGUGAGUGAUCCAUUUCCCCUUUUUCAUUCUUGUUCUCUAGAGAACAGAAUGGCUCAUAGAAAAACCCUUUGCAGCUUCAGUCUGACUGGAAAAUGCUGUGAGGACAAGAGUGGCUUCUCUAUCCUUUAGCUCCAAGACUGAACUAAAUAUACUUAGCUUUGUCUGAUUUGAUCAUCACACAUGAGAAAGUUUUCACCUGGCUUAGCAGGAAAUGUAUCUUUACUUCACUUGUCUGAAGGCUACCUGCCUCACUCUCUCCGUACACUUUGAGAAAACACCAGCACUCCAUCUAGUCUUGAUUUGGUAUGUACAGUCCCACAUAGUUGAAAUCUUAAUUUUGCUCCCUCUCCUAUGAUGACUUGGUGAGAUGGUUGCCUAAUAAAACCUUGACAUUAUCAAGCUUUGUCAUGAAUAAAAUUUGCCCGAAUAUAUUUUGUCCCCCAUACAGCUGGUCUUUGCCAGUGGUAUUGUAGUUAGGUUCAUCAGCAGUGCGUAAAGGGCACCAGAAAGUGUGAGAGGCACAACUUCCUAGUUUAGUCACAGGGCUUGUUUGUCUACCAAGCUCAGUCACUUGGAAUGUCUGGAUGCUGAUGAAAGUUCUCUUAAUGUAAGUCACUCACAUUGGAACUAAUAGUAUGACAUCUCUUUAGACAUCUGUCUACCACUAAGUUCCAUCUGGAGUCUACAUGCUACUAGGAUUCUCUGCCCCAGAGACAGAGGUAUUUUUGUGACUUGAAAGGAGUGAGUGAAUCUACUGUGUCAGCUGUGACUAUAGUAAAGAAUGACAGAGAAGACAUUUGAAGCACUUUGCUGAAAAUUAUCUAGAAAGGAUAAGGUAGUCUCAGAAUAAAUUUAACUUCCAUAACUUGGUCCAGAAAAGGACAUUUGUAAUGAAAUGCCUUUUCUAGUAGAAAGAAGUGGGGCAAAUGUAGUCAUCCAGUGCUGGAGUCAUUGUCCCAAGACUUUAACAGGCCAGCUACUCCUGGGCAGCCACCUGCUCUAGAAACCUGCCCUUAAGAUCCCAUGAUCUAAGUGCAGCCUUGAUAUCUGGGCCCUCUCACCCACUACCAAAGCCACAUGUCUGCUGCCAAGCAUUCACAGCAGCUCUGCGGCCAAGUGCUCUUUCUUUCUUGUCGUGAAACAUUCUUCUUUGAAGUUGUCCUUACGGGCUGGUGGGUGUCAGAACUGCCCUGUUGAGCAUAUUUAUUCAGGAUAGAGGAAUGUAGCUGAUACAACCGAGUAGAGG